UUGAUGAAAAACAUAUUCACAAAAUUUCGUCAAAAAAUUCCACUCGGAAGCCCCACAAACGGAGAAUUUGGCCAGAUGUCCGGCCGAGCUGUCCUGACUCGAACUCUGAUUUUAUAUAUACCUGUAUAUAUAGCUGCUAUAUAUACCUGCUCUGCUGGUCACCGUUGUAACUAAACCUAAGCAUGUGUUUUUUCCCCUGGACUGUGUAAAAGGAUUUGCUGAACGCACUUCACAUAAUGAAAAACAAAAAGAGGAAAUUCACUGUCCUCAACGACGUAAGUGGGAUCGUGAAGCCCAGCAGGAUGACGUUGCUACUGGGGCCGCCAGGCUCUGGGAAGACGACUUUGCUGCUGGCGAUGGCCGGAAAGCUCGAUAAAGGCAUGCGGGUGAGCGGGAAAGUGACGUACAAUGGCCAUGAGCUAAACGAGUUCGUGCCACAAAGAACGGCUUCUUACAUUAGCCAACAUGAUCUCCAUAUCGGUGAAAUGACUGUUAGAGAAACGCUUGAAUUCUCUGCUAGAUGUCAGGGCGUCGGUUCUCGUUACGAAAUGUUGGCAGAGUUGUGUAGAAGAGAAAAGGCCGCCAACAUCAAGCCAGAUCCUGAUCUGGAUGUCUUCAUGAAGGCAAUAAUUUUAUCCUUUUUACUAAAAGCAUUUGCCAUUUUUUUUAAUUUCAAUGAAAAUAUUAAUAUGAUGACAAACCAAUCAUAUACGUAGUAUAUAUAUAUAUAGCUGCUUUAAGUAACUAGCUAGACGAUCAAUAUUAUGACUCCAAGUUUAUCUUCAUAUAACAGAAUGAAUGAAUGAUGAUUUGUACGCAAGCUAGUUUAAUUUGUUUCUGUAAAUACUCCUACUGCUACUAAAAAAUAACAUACCC